AUGCUCUUCUCAACCCUUGCAUCCUUGCCAGCCUUCGCACUCCUUCUCCUCGUUUCUGAGAACGUUCUCUCUGUUACCGCUGCGCCCCCCGGCUACCGUCCGCGUAUAGGCGUGGUCAUCAACGCAAGGUCUCCCAGCGAUGCCUUGUUCGAACGGGGAGUCAUCAAGCCCAAAAAACAAGCUGCUGCGGCCAAGGCUUCGCAGCCAUGGAAGGCCUCCAACCUCAAGACUAGCGACUAUCGAAAGACCGCUUUGAACCACAACGACGGUGCAUACGUCAAGACCGCCGGCGGCAGUCAAGUAAAAUGGCAAAAGGGUGCCAAAGGAGAUGCUGAACAUGUCAUCGAGCCUGGAUCCCAUGUCAAAGGGCCACUGAACAAAUUGGGCGUUCCGAAGAACCACCCUAUUGUGGCAGACCUCAAGGCAGCUUUGAAUCACAAAGACAAUCUCUCGAUGCUCAACGGGGGGUCUAACAAAGCGAAAGCGCAACUUACCGCUAAUCCCAACCGGAAGCCCAAGGAUAAGGCCUCUGCCCAACAUUACAUGCAGCAACCCGACAUCAAGAAGAAGGCAAGCGCCACAAUGAAGAGGAUAGACGCUGCUGCGAAGAAGCACAAGAUGAACAAGCUCUCUGCCAUGAUCAAGGCCAACGUAAAGAAGAACUGGGGACAUAUCAAACGUGACGAAGUCGACCUUGACCUCGACUGA